GUUUUACUUCCGUUGACGCCGGAAGCAGUUUUGCGAUGGCAUCUUCUGCAGACGAGCCUGCUAAAGCAGCUCGAAAAAGUGACUCUCAAAAGCCGAAGCAGAAGCGCGAGAACCAAGAUGAGGCGGAACUCCUCACUGUCCCUGAUGGUUGGAAGGAACCAGCUUUCUCCAAAGAGGACAAUCCCAGAGGGCUCUUGGAGGAGAGCAGCUUUGCGACCUUGUUCCCAAAAUACAGAGAGGUUUACCUGAAGGAGUGCUGGCCUCUGGUGCAGAAAGCCUUGAACGAGCAUCAUGUCAAAGCAACACUGGACUUGAUCGAGGGUAGCAUGACCGUGUGUACAGCCAAGAAGACGUUUGACCCGUACAUCAUUGUCAGGGCCAGAGACCUAAUAAAGCUCUUGGCGAGGAGUGUUUCCUUUGAACAGGCAGUACGGAUACUUCAGGAUGAUGUUGCAUGUGACAUCAUUAAAAUUGGUUCUCUGGUGAGAAAUAAAGAGAGAUUUGUGAAAAGAAGACAGCGCCUUAUUGGUCCCAAAGGAUCUACACUGAAGGCAUUGGAACUCCUAACAAACUGUUACGUCAUGGUUCAGGGGAAUACUGUUUCAGCCAUUGGACCUUUCAGUGGCCUGAAGGAGGUUCGAAAAGUUGUGCUUGAUACCAUGAAGAACAUUCAUCCAAUUUAUAAUAUUAAAACCUUGAUGAUUAAACGGGAGUUGGCCAAAGAUUCCGAGUUACGAACCCAGAGUUGGGAAAGAUUUUUGCCACAAUUCAAGCACAAAAAUGUGAAUAAACGCAGGGAACCAAAGAAGAAGAGUGUUAAGAAGGAGUACACGCCAUUCCCUCCUCCGCAGCCGGAAAGUCAGAUUGAUAAAGAGCUGGCUAGUGGCGAGUACUUUCUCAAGGCCAAACAGAAGAAGCGGCAGAAGAUGGAAGAAAUCAAGGCCAAGCAAGCAGAAGCUCUUACAAAGAGGCAGGAAGAAAGAAACAAGGCGUUCAUUCCACCUAAAGAAAAGCCGACUGUGAAGCCAAAGGAAGCUCCUACUGAAACUAAGAUUGAUGUGGCGGCUAUUAAGGAAAAGGUUAAGAAAGCAAAGGCCAAGAAACUGGGAGCUCUUACAGCAGAGGAAGUUAAGCUUAAGAUGGAGGCCGACGAAAAGAAACAGAAGAGAAAAAAGUAACACUGGGAAAACCUGGAACUGAACUUUGAAAGGCAUUUCCUUUUGUAAAGGAUUUUGAGACUGCUUUAGCUGCCUCAUCUAACAGUGGUCAUGCU